AUGGAGCAGCUUUUAUGCAACCAGGCAAAUAAAUGCAUCGAAUCACUAGCCGUGAUUGACGGAGACGUGCGUCUUUCGUAUCGCGAUCUCAUAGCCAAAGCCGACACUUUGGCCAAAGAUCUUCUGAAGAAAGAACUAGCAACUGAAGAGCCCGUUGGCAUUCUAGCCGGGCCUGGCUGGGAACAAGUCCUAGCUCAGAUUGCCAUUCUCAGAGCAGGUGGAACAUCCACUCCGAUAGAUCCAUCUGUGCCCGACAAACAGCUGCACUCUAUGUUCAACGAUUUGAAUAUCCGACUCGUUAUAACCACCAAAGCUCUGUCCGAGCGAGUUUCUCAAUAUGAAUUUCAUCUCGUGGAAGCCGCACUCAAUUCUGGUUAUCAGGAAGAAGAUAAAAAACCAGUAGAAGUUCGCUCUGGGCAACCUGAAGCGUAUCGGAGUCAUCUUCUUCAUACAUCCGGCUCAACAGGCAAGCCAAAGGCAGUUCAGAUAUCCUCGAAGGCCGUGAUCCAUCUUGCCUCAUUCAUGCCUGUCGAUAUUAGACAUGGUGAUCGAGUUGGGCAGUUGAAUAACCCAGGAUUUGACCUUUCCUUGUUUGAGGUGUGGGUAACCUUACUUUCCGGCGGGACGAUUGUGCACAUCCCAAAAUCUGUCACGCGGGAUCCGGUGUCAUUCGCUUCUUUUCUCAAAGCCGAGAGCAUCGCGGCACUCAUCAUACCUACCGCCCUCUUCGUUGCAAUUUCUGCAGGAUCACCUUCUGCUUUCCAGGCAUUGCGCCAAGUUAUUACUGCAGGCGAAGCACCCAGUCCCCAGUGCAUAAAAAGCGUCCUGGAAAGUGAGGGUCCCCCUGAAAAUAUUUGGAACGGUUAUGGGCCCACUGAAACAACUUGUCUCUCGUCUCUUCAUCGAGUGACACUGGAAGAUGCAUACGAGGAGUCUAUCAGUGCUGGCCAGCCAUUCGGUGAUACCAUAAUCCAUCUACUGAAUGAGAAUGGAACUCCUAUCUCCGAAAACGACACCCGUGGCGAAAUAUGCAUUGGAGGCCCGGGUCUAUCUCCCGGAUACGUGAAUCGCCCGGAUGCGAAUAAAGAAAAGUUUAUCGAAAUUGACAUUGACAACACCACGGGCAACAGAAAAUGCCCCCUGUACCGAACUGGCGAUCUAGGGAUGUGGAAAGGUCAACCGAAACGCCUUUCCUAUAUCGGACGCGUGGAUCGCCAAGUCAAACACCAAGGUUUCCGAGUUGAACUUGAGCAAGUGGAGCAAACCAUGGCCCAAAACCAGAAGGUACAAGAGGUAGCAGUCGUGCAUGAGAAAAAUGAGACGCACGGUGGCUCGUUAGAGGCAUUUGUCGCUGCAAAGGACCAUGAGCCCCUCGACCCAAAAGAAAUCAUCAAAGCAACCCAAGAAACAAAUCCAUACUAUAUGGUUCCUGACAAAGUCCAAGUUGUCCCAGAGAUCCCACGCAACUCUCGCGGGAAAAUUGAUCGCGAAAAAUUGGUCAAAGAAUACAAGCAAUCUAAAUCGCGACCGAGUCCCAAUCACGUAAACGGGGAAAGCAGUCAACACAGUCUCAUUGCUAAACUAUUAGAAGAAGUCUCGGGACUCAACAACCUUAACGAGAACGACGACAUCAUUUCCCUCGGUCUUUCAUCUAUUCAGAUCGCCCGCUUUCUGGGCUUGGUCAAGCAAAGUCUUGGAGAAACUCUAUCCAUCAAGGACCUAUAUAUCAACCCAAGCAUCAAGACCUUGACAACCCACCUGGAACAAGCCUCAAGAGUCAAUUACGGCCCCUCGGAGGUUCUCCAAUUCGAAGAAGAUAGCCACCUUGCAGAUGACAUUCAGCUGAUUCCAGAUUGGCGAUCAGAAGGCCGCGUGUUCUUAACUGGAGCCACCGGGUUCAUCGGUAUAAACCUUCUCUACCGUCUCUUACAAAUGUCAUCCAUGAACAAAAUAGCAUGUCUAGUCCGAGGAAACGAUCACGCAACCCCAUUAGAUCGGAUAAAUGAAGCCCUACAUAAAUACGAUCUCUGGUCCGAAGAACUGUUAAAGAAUCUUCAACAGAAAGUUAUUACCCUUGAUGGAGACAUGACGCAAGAUCGACUUAAUUUAUCAGAGACCGACUACCAGUGGCUGAUCAACUGGGCACCAUCCAUCAUCCAUUCAGCAGCGAAGGUGAACUGGUGCGAGCCAUACAGUGCACACUAUGCACCCAACAUUCUCGGAACAAAGAACAUCCUCAAAGUCGCAGCAGAAGGCCGCCGAAAGACCUUCCAUUAUAUAUCCAGUAUCGACGUCUGGGCAGUAACGGGUCUAAUCCUCGGAACCGACGUAGUAUCCGAGGACGGCCCAUUAAAAGUCCACCUUGCAUCUCUCCCAUUUGACACCGGAUAUGCCCAAAGCCAAUGGGUAGCCGACGAGAUGGUCCAACGAGUACGCGAAAAGGGUCUAUCUGUAUCUAUCUACCGUCCUGGAUUCGUAGUUGGAGAUAGCCGGACAGGAGCCAGCAACCCGGACGAUUUCUUUGGUCGGAUGAUUGUCGGAUGUGCGCAGUUGGGAUUUUGGCCGAAACUGCCUACGCAGAAUAUGGAAUAUGUCACUGUUGACUAUGUCUGCGAUUGUAUUCUGGAAAUUGCUUCUGAGAACCUGAAUCUAGGACGAGCUUAUACUUUGAGUGCUCCUGAUCCGGAACUUAUUACGAAUAUGGAGCGGCUUUGUGUGUUGCUGAACGAGGCUGGCUUCCCGGUCCGGGAAAUCUCGUAUCCGGAUUGGUUGAAUAAGUUGCAGAGUUGGGAUAAGUUGGAGGUCAGUCCGUUGAUAUCAAUGAUGCCUUUGCUUGCGGAGCCUAUUCUGCGAGAACAUACUAGACUCCAGACGAGCAGGUAUUCGCCUGUGUACGACUGCACUAACACGUUGAAUGCCAUUUCUGCUCGAGAUGAUAUUGGAUAUACUCGGCUUACGUCCGAACUAGUUCGGAAGUCCAUUGAUUUUUGGAGAGCUAAGGGAUUCCAUAGCAUUCAACCUUAG